AUCCGCCGCGUUGGGGGACGGGGCAGUGGCAGUGCAUCACAUCACCACUACCGCCAUGUUCAGGGAGCUCUUGUAGUAGCAGAAGGAGAAGGGCCCGUGAUUCACCUGUGCGGACGGUGUCAUAUUUUGUUUCUGUAAAUCGAAAUCAUUUCAUGUUGUGGUUUUCCAUGUGUAGGCCUGCGCUGACCUGGGCAGUAGACUGAAUGAACUGCUUACAGUACUUCCCAGAUCCUUUAAAAACUCUCAUCAACAUGACUUCAUUCUACAAUGGAGUUCCUCACUCCUCGAGCGUGAGUGAAAUAUCAAGUGCUCCACCUUCCCCACUGUCCUGUAAUACCUCAUCUCCAGGGAAUGCACCAAGAUAUGGAGUAGUGGUUCCCAACCGAGUAUUUGUUGGAGGCAUAGCAGCAAAUACAACCGAGACUGAACUACAGGAAUUGUUUUCUCAGUAUGGAAGUAUAAAAGAAAUUAAAAUUAUUAGUGACAGAGGAGGUGUUUGCAAAGGUUAUGGCUUUGUAACUUUUGAAACGGAAGAGGAGGCCAAGAAGGUGCAGCAUCAGCCUGAUACAAUAGUGUUAAAGGAACGGAGGCUGAAUAUUGCUCCUGCUGUGAUGAAGCAGCAACCGUUCGGCCGUCCCUAUGAUCCUGCCCCACCCACUGGGGCACUGGUGUAUCAUAACGGCACUACAUACACGUAUCAGAAUGGAAUGGCAUUCUUCACUGCCACCAACUCCACUCAAGCACCAUACUCCAUUGGUGCUUCAAGGGAGACAUCCAUGUAUGCAGCGCCUUACGGCCCAAGCCAAACUUCUGCUCCUGCGGCUUAUCCCCAAAUCAUGUAUCCAUACACACAACCGAUGCCAUAUUUAACUCCAGGACAACAAUACCAGUACCAGUUACCUUUUGACUACUUCAAGGCAGUUGGACCAGCCACCACCCCAUACAUUUAUGCCCAACCCAGUCCCCUUAAUGGAGCAAUAAACAGUGCCUUGAAUGGUGGACUUGGCAACUCAAGCCAAAGUCCUUCACCAGGCUAUGGCCAGUCUGGGAUGGCGGGACCGACAGGUGGUGAAAUUUAUUAUAAUGGAGCCACCCACCCUGCACAAAUGCCUCUGCAACCUCAACCAAUGUACUCCAUGGAGUCAUCUCCAGCUCAUUCAGAGGACUGGAACCCUGAGCCACGCCAAGUUCACACUCCUGUGGUUUCCCUCCUGAAACUUCAUGAAGAGGGCAGUCUGGAGGAACUGGAGAUCACUCGCACACCCAGGAAGUCGUACCCGCCAAGCCCCGGUCCCGGCGGUGCCGGUCCAAAUGGGACCCAUUCCAGGCCUCGUUCGCGUCGCCCUGGCCGCCCGGCGCCAUCGCCUCUGGGACGGAGUGGGCGCGGAAAUGCAGGGCCAGGCGCAGGGCCAGGCGCAGGGCCAGGCGCAGGGCCAGGCGCAGGGCCAGGGGCAUCUGUGACGGGCAAUCUAGUUGGGCAGCGUUCUGCCUCAUCUCCCCACCUCCCUUCCACUCCCAGCUCCUGUCUUCAUCGCUCCACUUCUCUGUCCCCUUCCAACCAGGUGGCUCCAGUGUACAGCAGCAGUGGCCGCCCACUGCAGCAGCAGCAAUACCAGCCGUAUCACCAACAGUCUGCUGGGUACCCACGCCGAGGGGGUGGUGGCAACUCUAUGCGUAAUGCCGGUCCCAAGAUUUACACUGGUAAUUCCAAGAACCUUCAUCACAACUCUUCUGGAAAUUACAAUGCAGUGUCCAAUCAGUUUGUGGGGAAUGCCCAGAACACAGGACAGCACCAGGCACCUGCAAAUGUACCAAAGAACUCAGGAGAGUCUGUGAAUGGAAUGAAGACAGCUGCUGAGCCAGCCAAUGGUAGCAGCAGCACUCAAAUCCAGAAGCAGGAGAUAACAACUGUGCAUGAUGGGGGAGCCGGAGAUGCGUCUACAAUCCGCCAUACUUUGCCUAUUUCCCCUCCUAAUACACCUUUGCCACAAGAAAGUUCUGCUGCUGCUGCCGCUGUAACAGCAGCCGGAGAUGGUGACAUGUGCCAAAAAAUGAAGACUCUUGCUUUGUGAGCCCGUGUGGCUUCUGUGUACUUCCAGCUUAUGAGCUUUCACCAUGGAAGAGAGAGCACAUUUCAUGUGUGCUUUUGUGUUCCGAGUACCUGCUCAUGAGCUGGGAAGUAAGUUAACAAGAGUGGGGGAGCUUGGUUUGGCCAGUGCCAUCCUCUUGUUCAAACUACAAUCAAGCUUCAUGUGGAAGCUAGUCCUUUCAUCUUGAGUUCCAUGGCUUGAUCGCAUACAAAGGAUUUUUCUAUAUUUUUUUUUAUAUUGAUGGUGGCGUGUGGCUAGUUAUAACGAAUUAAUUGUAAGUAUCCCAAUAAAUUUAACAUUACCUUACAUUGUGCCAUGAAAAAUAGUGAUCAGGCAACAGAUUAUAUGAGUGCUACAAACUCUGAAUUUUAAAUGUUCAUUUAUAUAUGAGUGCUGUCUAUACAGAACUGUUAGAAAAAUAGUAGCUAGUCGGAACUUUGCCAAAAGGCAUUCUAUAUGUAUGUGAACCUAGCACUUUUUCUAAGUUGUGCCUGAAGGUAUGUGUGCAAUAUUUAUUCUGUGAAUGACCUCAACAGUUUGUGAACUAGUGAAGAGAUACCAUUGUUCAUGUGUUCAGGGUGUUAGCUGUAUGGAGAUAGUGGGUGGGGUUCAUGUCUGCUUCUCCAACACAUCUCCUGCACCUGUGAGCAUGAGAGUAUGAAUGGUUUGAGUGACUUACAGACAAUGCAUGUAGGCUGUUAAGUUAUUUAUUUUCACCACUUGAAACCUCACAAGGAAAAAGGACUGAAAGUAGAAUUUUCACAUGUGAUGUGUAUCACAUCAGCCUUGUGUGACUGGUGAGUUUUGCUUGAAGUUCAAGCUGUCUUAAACUCUUGACAAAGCAUGAAGAGGAAGGUAUUGUCGGCUGUUAUUGUUUCUAAUUUAUGGUCGAUUCAAUUUUCCCAUAUAAUAUGGCUUAUUUAUUCUAGCUUAAGUUAAAUGUAAGGAAAUAUUUAUUAAGUAUGUCUGUUAUUAUUAUUGUUAGUACAUUUUUGAUUGUCUUGUUUGAGGCAUGUGAUGUACUUACUGUUGUGGAGUAUUGUGGUCCUUUAAGACAGGGUGGCCACAUUGUUGACUUGUCAUUGAACAUUCUUGAUAGCCUGUGAUGUAAAGCUGUGCUCCUUUAGUAUGGCUAACAUAGGUUGUGAUGCAAUGCAUCAUGAAGGUAAAAUUGCUCUUACCUUUCAUUCCCACACGUUUUUCUAAAGACUUUAAAAGUGAUUGGCAAUAGGUCUGUGGCCCCCUUGUCUUGUUCCCAGACAUGUUAUUUCAAGGACUGGGAGGCAAAUGCACAUAGCUUGUGACAAUGUAGUUAAUUCAGGAUUAUGGCCACUGAUCAUUCUACUAAAUGUAAUCUGCCUGUUGUUAGUCAGACUUGUGACUUCCUUGCCUUUAAACAUGUUUCAUUUAUCAUUGUAAGCUUAUCAUUUCAACAAGUUCACAACUAUUGUCACCAAUUUCUUAGUCUCUUCUGGCCAUAUAUUCUGUUUGACCUUUGUCGUGCUGUGUGUAUUUAUGCAAUUGCUCAAAUUGAUUAUUGCCAAAUACUUAAAAAGCUGCAGAACAGACUAGUAGCUAGUCACAGUUAACUAGUGAAAUUCACUAGUUUUGUUUUCUAGAAUAUGACUGGGCAUUUGCUUUUUGUAAGAAACUUCUGUCAGUUUCAUUUGAAGGUGCUGAGAAAGAUGUGUGAUAUGUUACUAAAACUUAGACAUGAUGAAACUUAACAUCUACACCUAUUGGAGCAUUGGUUUGGAUCAUGUAUUUUUUUAUUGAUUCCUGUAAAUUUUAUAUAAAUAAGUGAUUUAGAUGUUCCCCUUAGGCUGUGACAGUAACAUCAACAAAACUCAAAAAAUAUUUAUGGAAAUGAUGUUAAAGUUAGUCAGUAACAGAAGAAGUUGUAUAUGACUGUUUCAAAGUGCCUUCUAUCAAGAUUUUAAUUGUGAUUAUUACGUAAUUUUAGACAAGAGUUAUUUGUUGAGUAUGUAAACAUUUUAUUACUGUAUCAAGAUUUAGUCCCUCCAGUAGCUUAGCAAUGCUUGUAGUGUUUGGUAAACCCAUAACUGUGUCAGUUUGGGUUCUUGUUUUCCAUUUGCUCAAGCACUUUUAUUUAGCAUUGGGUUAGUAACAAACUGGAGGAAACUUUACUUCUUUGGCAAUAAGUAACUGGGUUGUCUUUUUGUUGUGGAUGAACAUGUUACUUCAUGUCUGGCAAUGAACAAAAAUAGGAAAGUUACGUCAGUUCCUUAUCACAGUGGAACACUACUCCUAAAGAAAGCAUUCAUCUUUUAAAUUAUUAGUUUUCAGAUUCAAAAACAGAAAAGAUCUCAGCAUAAUACUUCACUGCCUUUACUGUUUAGAUUUUGGAGUUACAAUUUAUCAAUGUUAAACUGGCAUCAUGUUGGGGUGAAAAUUUAGUACUUAAAGGCAGUUAUUCAUAUACAGUAUAUUGUGGUCUCUUGUAUGAGGAUAUCAGAGUUUGUUAGAGCUGGUUACUUUUCUCCUUCGUGAGGACCUGCAUAUUUUGAAGGAAGGAUAAAAUCAUUGACACAUACUUGAGUCCUGUACGUUCACAUCCAGAAAGAAGUUUCUUGUGACAGCUCUGUACUUAUUUUUUAGGGAAACUCUAAAUUGAAACUCUAGAGGUUGCUAACUUUUUUUUGUAAAUAACAUAGAUUAUUAGGUUAACUAAUGGUAACAAAGAAAACUUAGUCAGGUUUAAAGAAAGAAUUAUUUAGUAGAGAUUGUGAAAUACUUAAUAAAAGUACUUAUGUUAAUUUACAUGAAACGUGUUGGAUUGUUCUUACAAGAGAUUGGAAGUAUUGUAUGUGUAAGGAAAUGUAAAUACAACUGACAUGGAAUUAUAAA